AUGUGCUGCUUGGAGGUUAUUCCUUUGCAAUCUACCUUGAGCAUGCGCAUGGUGAGCUUGUCCAAAGGGGCGAAAGGCGGCGAAAGCGAAAAAGGCCCAUUUGAUCAUCUCUUCAAAGAACUAGGCAAGACUCCGAAAUUGAUGCACGUGGUUGAUUGGGAUGGUGACGGGGACCUCGACGUGCUUGUCCUCUACCAUCGGAAGCGAUGCAGUGGAUACGGCUGUCUUCACCAGAGACCAGUGGUGUUCGUAGAACGUUUGAAUGACGGAACAUUGCUGAAGCAUCAGCAUGUACUUGCCAAGGGAUUUGGUGAGACACUGCAAGUCGUUGAUUGGAAUGGAGAUGGUCUCUUAGACUUGUGGGUGGAUCGCUGGCUUUACAACCGCAGUGUAGAUCAAUCCUUGGUGGAACGUGUUGGCCGAGACAAGCCCUUUAUCGAGCUCAAAGUCACAAAAGGUGAGCCCCAUUUCGUCGAUUGGAACUCAGAUGGUGAGAUGGACCUCAUCGUGGCUGGCCACCAGCAAAUCCAAUACUUCGAACGGCGCAACGGUGAAUUGAAUGAAGUUUUGGAUCCCGGACUUGGCAACGUCACUGUGGGCGACCUUGACCACUACAGGUUGGCGGUGGUGGAUUGGGACUUGGAUGGAGAUUUAGAUCUCUUGAUGACCACCAGCCAAGGGCACAUCAGGUAUUUCGAGCGGUCUGCGGGAAGUCUGGUGGAGUUGAUGGACCAUUCCUUGCUUCAAAUCAAUGCCACUCCACCAUGGGAAUAUUCUAGCUAUCUUUACAACGUGCGGGUUCAUUGUCUUCAGCCAGUCGUGGCAGAUUGGGACGGUGAUGGGGAUUUGGACCUUCUUUUGGCGCCUGCAGGGAUAUAUUUUGAGCGACUAGCAGAUGGCAGCUUAGUGGAAGUUCCGCAGAGCCCCUUCGCCAACGCAGUGACGCCCAAAGAGCAAGUCGAGUUGGCUUCCUUCGGCUGGAAAUUUCUAGCGUGGAAAGCCAUCGACUGCGAUAGAGAUGGAGUUCUGGACCUACUUCGAAUCCAUGCAGAUGCAUCACAGGAGGGAUUUGCAAACGCUUUCAAGAAUUGCAAGCAGAACUCGGAGAAGGGCAUGAACUUCACUUGCUCUGCAGAUUUCAAAUGUCUUGAUGGCGAACCAACAUCUUUUCUUGCAGAGACUGCUGCAGAUAAGACUGGCUGGUUAGACAUCGCCGACUGGAACAGAGAUGGUCUUCUAGAUGUGAUGCAUGUGCUGGGUGAACGUGACGUGCGUUUUUGGAUGAGUGGUUUUUGCUGGCCAGCUCUGGCAUGCAGCGGGAAAGGCACGUGUCGCCAUGCAGAAGGUAGAUGUGAUUGCAUUCAAGGGCAUCACAUGAGCGAUUGUUCCGCUUGCAGUGAGGGAUACUACACACCAGAUGAGUUUUUCGUCACAAGCCACAGUUGCUUGCCAUGCGCGGGCGAAGAAGAUGGUCGUCCUUGCUUCAGCAAAGGUCACUGCUUGGACGACGCAUUGGCCAAGCACAAGGCAAAAGAAACCAAGCUGUCCAACACCUCCAUCCAACUGGCAACUGGUGAUGGAAAUUGCAGCUGCACCGAACGCUUCUUCGGUGGCUCCGAUUCCGCGGGCCGAUUGACCUGUGGUGCUGGAUUAUGUCCCGGAGGUUCAGAGGAAGUCUUCGACGAAAACGAUCAGACUCAUCACUGCGAAGUUUGUCCAGCCGGCCGAGCCUCCUCAUGGAACAGCAGCACCUGUGAGCUCUGCGCACCAGGGCGAGCAGCUGCUGCGGGCAGCGAUGAAUGCAAGGUGUGUCCGCCCGGCACAGUGGCCCGCUUCGGUGGCCUCGGUGCUUGUCAGCGUUGCCUGGCCGGGACCUAUGCAAACGAGGAAGCAACAGCCUGUUGGCCCUGCUUACCAGGCACCAUGUCCGAUGAGGGCGGGGAAUGCAGCGACUGCACCCCCGGACGCUUCUCACAACUCCCAGGGAGCAGCACGUGUGAAAGCUGCGAAGCAGGUUCCUUCUCGCUUGUUGGGAGAUCCAGGUGUGAUCAAUGCCCAGCUGGGACCAUAUCUGGUCCAGGCAGCGCUCAAUGCACUCCUUGCGAGGGAGUUUUCCUUCAAGCUACUCCUGACGAGCAGCACACGACAUGUCAACCAAGCGCAAGAAGUUGGAGCAUGGGCCUGGUCUUCUUUGCCUCCUUGCUGGUGUUCUACCAACUAUUGCUGUACACGUUCUACUACCAUCUCUCCAUCGUGGACAUCUCACCGAUGAGUGGUCAGAUGAUCCUGACCGUGCAGCAGGCACACCACUUGCGACCAUGGCGCACGCUUCGGCCGAAGAUCAUCAUGGCCAACACCGGAGCGCCUCAAUUUGACGAGGCCGAAAGGCUCUAUGAAGUGGGCGCUUGGGGCAGCGAUCAGCUGGUCCUCUUCCACCCCACGGAUGACUUGGACCCCAACGCACAGACAUCCAUGGGAGAUGUGCGUGUGCGCUUUCCAGAUACGCUUUGCCACGUACAUGCUUGUCAGGUUCCGCUUUUAGUUUGGCUCCUUUCCUUUGCAGGUGCCACGUUUGCAUCUGCUUUCUAUCUCACUGUCGAGGGGUUAUUCAAUUUUGCAGGGCUCAGUACAUUCAGCUUUGUGGCCAUGAACCUUUUCUGGGGAUAUUUUCGACCCAGCCACCCCUUGGCCAAGAAAUGUACGCAGUUCCUGAAACUACGAGCAGACACAACUGCAUCCGCCUGCGGGCGCGGGCCAACACGAGCACUGCAAGCACAAGAGCUUCAAGACUUCCGCGACUUUUUCCAAUCCUUCAUCAAGGAUCGCUCCAUGAAGUAUGUUUGCGAGAACCUGGUCAAGCCCUUGACCAAAGAGGUUCGCUUGUCCUAUGCCGAGUUGGUUGGUGCACACCAGGUGCAGUGGUUCAUCAGUCAUUUCUGGGGCACUUCCUUCCAGCACUUUACUGAGGCGGUCUUUAAGCAUGCUUAUUCCGUGCAUCACAAAUGGCAGGAGGUGACCUAUUGGAUUUGCACCUUUGCGAACAACCAGUGGAUCGUCGAGGCAGAGUUGGGGAAUGGUCAAUGGCAGAACUCCUCCUUCUAUUUGGCAUUGACCAGCUCAAGUUGCCGAGGCACCGUCAUGGUCAUCGACGAGCUGGCGCUGCCCUUGCAACGGGCCUGGUGCCUCUUCGAGGUCCUGCAGACCCAGCUCCGUGCUACGACAGAGACUGCGAGUGCCUUUGAGGGCUUGGUACUCUGCACCUCUACAGGUGUCUUGCGGAACGGCCAGGGCGGUGUAGACGUGGCGAUGGCCAUUGCACGGCAGCUGGCGCAACUCGAUCUCCGAGAUGCCCAAGCCUCUGCAGAGAGCGAUCGCUUGAUGAUCUAUGCCUUGGUGGAACAAAUGCCCGGGGGGUUCAAUGCGGUCAACAGCUUCGUGCGGAAGUCCAUCCGGAACUCCUUGUUGACAAUGCACCAGCGUUUUGAGGAGGACUUUGCUCAGGAGCUCUUGAAGAUCAAGGUCUUGAGCGAUGCUGAAGAGACAUCCUCGUGUCUCAGGCUUCCAGACAGCUGUCACGGGCAAAAGCACCUUCUCCGAGGCAGUGAGCCAAGAGGUUGGGAUGGUUACCCAUGGGAGGCUCAGGAGAUGUAUUAUGUGAAGGCACGGUUGAUGGAUUGGGACAAUGAUGAUGAUGCGGAUGCUGUAGCAAUCGACAAGAAGGAUCUGCUCUUCUAUGAACGUGUUGGAGAGGAGUUCUAUCUACACAAUCUCACCAACUUCCGUCUCCCUCAGAAUGUGACGGAAGCAAGCCAACUUGAUGUCGCAGACUGGGAUGGUGACGGCAUUCAUGAUUUGCUGUUCUUUGAUCAAGCGGGCUUUCAAGUUUGGAUGUCAAGGCGCUUGGCUGAUGGAAGCUUUGAGCCACCAAUUGCCUUGUUGUCGAUUCGUGUUCCACCUCACACCUACGAGUCUGAUGUCAAAGUUGAUUUCUUUCAAGCGAUCGAUUGGGAUGGAGAUGGGGAUUUAGAUGUGCUGCUUGGAGGUUAUUCCUUUGCAAUCUACCUUGAGCAUGCACAUGGUGAGCUUGUCCAAUGGGACAAUGAAAGAAGCCCUUUCAAGCAGCUCUUUCAAGAGCCAGGAAAGACGCUGAUGUUGAUGCAUGUGGUUGAUUGGGAUGCUGAUGGCGACUUGGACGUGCUCGUAUUCUACAAUCGCAACCGAUGCAAUGGAGAAGGCUGCAUCCACUUGAGACCAGUGGUAUUUGUGGAACGUCUCGAUGAUGGGACAUUGCUGCAGCAUCACGAUGUGCUGGCAACGGGGCUUGGUGAUUACUUGCAAGCUGUUGAUUGGAAUGGAGAUGGCCGUUUGGACUUGUGGGUGGAUCGCUCACUUUACAACCGAAGCGUGGAUCACUCAUUGGUGGAGCGGGUUGGCAGAGAGAAUCCCUUCUUACAGGGACACCUCAACGUCAUCAACGGUGAGCCCCAGUUCGUUGAUUGGAAUUCCGACAGUGAGAUCGACCUCAUCGUGGCUGGCAACCAGCAGAUCCAAUACUUCGAGCGGCGCAACGGUGAAUUGAAUGAAGUUUUGGAUCCGGGACUUGGCAACGUCACUGUGGGCAACCUUGACCACUACAGGCUGGCUGCGGUCGAUUGGGAUCAGGAUGGAGACGUGGACUUGUUGAUGACUACGGAUGAAGGGCAGAUCAAGUAUUUCGAGCGGUCAGGGGGAAGCCUAGUGGAACUGACGAACCACUCCUUUCUUCAUAUCAAUGCCACCCCUCCAUGGCACUACUCGAGCUGGGCCUACAUGCCGGAGAUCCACUGCCUUCAGCCAGUCGUGGCAGAUUGGGACGGUGAUGGGGAUUUGGACCUCCUUUUGGCACCUGCAGGGCUUUACUUUGAGAGACUAGCAGAUGGCAGCUUAGUGGAAAUUCUGCAGAACCCUUUUGCAGACGCGGUGAUCGAGAAUCCAGCAGAGCAAGGUGGCAUGGGCUGGAAAUAUGUAACCUGGAGAGCGGUGGAUUGCAAUGGUGAUGGAGCCCUCGACCUCCUCCGAAUCCAUUCAGAUGCAUCGCAGGAGGGAUUUUCCAACUACUUCGCGAAUUGCAAGCAGGAGAACAUGAAUUUCACUUGCUUGAGGGACUUCCAGUGUCUUGAUGGGGAGCCAACAUCGUUUCUCCAACAGACACGGCCAGAAGAGAUUGGUUGGUUGGAAGUUGCAGACUGGAACAAAGAUGGACUUCUAGAUGUGGUACAUGUAAUUGGUGACCGUGAUGUCCGUUUUUGGAUGAGUGGCUUUUGCUUGCCACCUCUGGCGUGCAGCGGGAAGGGGACUUGUCGGCCUGCUGCAGGGAGGUGCGAUUGCAUUCAAGGGCAUCAGAUGAGCGAUUGCUCCGCUUGCAGUGAGGGAUACUACACACCGGAUGAGUUUUUGAUCUCAAGCCACAGUUGCUUGCCAUGCGCGGGCGAAGAAGAUCACCCUUGCUCUAGAAGGGGUCAGUGCUUGGACGAUGCAUUGGCCAAGCACAAUGGAAAAGCAGACAAUCUCUCCAAUACUUCUGUGCAAAUGGCCACGGGCGAUGGGAAUUGCAGCUGCACCGAACGCUUCUUCGGUGGGUUUGAUUCCACGGGCCGCUUAACAUGUGGUGCUGGAUUAUGUCCCGGAGGUUCAGAAGAAGUCUUCGACGAAAACGACCAGACUUACCACUGCGAAGUCUGCCCCGCCGGCCGCGCCUCCCCUUCCAACGGAAGCCGCUGCGUGCUGUGCGAGUCAGGGCGUUCUGCGGUGGCCGGCAGCCAGGAGUGCCAGGCCUGCUCCCCCGGUGCAGUCGCCCGCUUCACUGGGCUGGGCGCUUGCCAACCAUGCCCCGCAGGGACGCACGCCAACCAGGCAGCGACUGCCUGCUGGCCAUGCUUACCAGGCACCAUCUCUCUUGAGGGCAGCGAAUGCAGAAACUGCACUGCUGGCCGCUUCUCACAGCUUUCUGGGAGUAGCCUUUGUGAAGGCUGUGCCGCUGGUUCCUUCUCGCUCCCAGGGAGCUCCAAAUGUGACCAAUGCCCAGCUGGGACCAUAUCUGCUCCAGGAAGUGCCAAAUGCAGUCACUGUGAAGGAUAUUUCCUUCAAGCUAUUCCUGAUGAACAGCACACGACAUGUCAACCAAGCGCAAGAAGUUGGAGCAUGAGUUCGGUCUUCUUUGUGUCUUUACUGGUUCUUUUCCAGCUGCUAAUCUACACGUUCCGCUACCAUCUCUCCAUCGUGGACAUCUCACCGAUGAGUGGCCAGAUGAUCCUGACCGUGCAGCAGGCGCACCACUUGCGCGCAUGGCGCAAGCUUCGGCCGAAGAUCAUCAUGGCCAACACCGGAGCGCCUCAAUUUGACGAGGCCGAAAGGCUCUAUGAAGUGGGCUCUUGGGGCAGUGAUCAGCUGCUCCUUUUCCACCCUGCCGACGACCAUGUUGAUCCCAACGCACAGACAUCUAUCGGAGACGUGCGCGUGAAUUUUCCAGGUACACUCGUUCAUGUGCAUGCGUUUCAGAUUCCACUUCUGGUGUGGCUCCUUCUUUUUGCCGGCGGCACAUUUGCAUCUGCUUUCUACUUGACCUUCGACGGGAUCUUCAUCAUCACUGGACUUAGCCUACUCAGUUGUUUAGCCUUAAACAUCGCUUGGAGAUAUCUUCGACCCAGCCACCCCUUGGCCAAGAAGCAUGCACAAUUCCUACAGCUCCGAGCCAAUGUGUCCGCGUGCGGGCGCGGGCCCACACGAGCACUGCAAGCCCAACAGCUUCAAGACUUCCGCGACUUUUUCCAAUCCUUCAUCAAGGAUCGCUCCAUGUACUAUGUUUGCGAGAACCUGGUGAAGCCCUUGACCAAAGAGGUUCGCUUGUCCUAUGCCGAGUUGGUCGGUGCACACCAGGUGCAGUGGUUCAUCAGUCAUUUCUGGGGCACUUCCUUCCAGCACUUUACUGAGGCGGUCCUAAAGCAUGGGAUGUCUCUAAAUUACGCGCACUGGCAGGAGGUGACCUAUUGGAUUUGCACCUUUGCGAACAACCAAUGGGCGGUGGAGGCAGAGCUGGGGAAUGGUCAAUGGCAGAACUCCUCCUUCUAUUUGGCAUUGACCAGCUCAAGUUGCCAAGGCACUUCGAUGAUCGUCGACGAGCUGGCUUUGCCCUUGCAGCGAGCGUGGUGCCUCUUCGAGGUCUUGCAGACCCAGCUCCGUGCUACGACGGAGACUGCGAGUGCCUUUGAGGGCUUGAUACUCUGCACCUCUACAGGUGUCUUGCGGAACGGCCAGGGCGGUGUAGACGUGGCGAUGGCCAUUGCACGGCAGCUGGCGCAACUCGAUCUCCGAGAUGCCCAAGCCUCUGCAGAGAGCGAUCGCUUGAUGAUCUAUGCCUUGGUGGAACAAAUGCCCGGGGGAUUUGAUGCUGUGAACGGCUUUGUUCGGAGCUCCAUCCGGGACUCGCUGCUGACGAUGCACCAACGUUUCGAGGAGGACUUCGCUCAGGUGCUCCAGACCCUCCAGGCUUCCAGAGAUGGCACACUACCUGAAGAGAGGCUGCCAAUGCUGCUGGGGCACACAGCGAUGUCAAGGUCCAGUAAGACAUGUCCGGGGCCAAUGCAGUCCCUGGAUUUGGUUUGA